AAUUCCGAUGUAGCCUAGUCUAUCUUCACAGAGAGACAAGGGUCACAGUGAACGAACGCAGAACGCAUAGGAUUUGCGGAAGUGAGGGAGCGGGUGGGGCUUUGCUGAGAACCAGAGAGAGCGAGAGAGCGAAAGAGAGAGAGUGGUCAGUGACCGUUGGUUUUAUUCUAGCAAAUGAGACCGUAUGUUUGACCCCAGGGUUCGCCUGCUUACAACAGCAAGCUGGAUAUAUUCGUGUGCGCUCGCGCGGUCGUCGUUAGAAUAAAAAUGUAUGUCGUUUUAUUGUAGGCGAUUAUCUGCGAGAUGAUGAAAGAACGCUUCAAACAGUUUAUUCGCUCGUAGCCUAGCCUAUAUUUAUGGAUUGCCGUUUGGCCCUUUAUUAUAAGACAGCCGGGACCCAUCAAACGGCGGUAGCUAUGUGAAGUGCAUAAAUUGCUUAUUCCCUUUCGCGAAUUGAGGAAUAAUUAUGAACAACGCACAAGAUAUGUCUCCUGAUUUUGUCUUGAUGCGCCUGGUUUCUGCGGCCGAAGAUGACCGCUUGGACGAGGAGAAUGGGAAUCUUUCGUCCAGUGGAGUGGUGGCAGGAAUCGGCAAAGAGGUCUUGGCUCAUAGCAACAUGAAAGCAGGUUUGGAAUUCGGUAGAGACCCCACAACAGGCCUCACGCAUCCCAGCCAUCUCUCCUUGCUGAACAAUGCACAGCAGAGCGGCGGAAACGCGGCACCUGACUCCGGAGUGAUUGCGACUAGACCCUCCGUGGCUGUUCCUCCUCCACAGAGCGCAAUAGAGGCCCAGGGCUUUGAGUUUGCACAUAGAGGCGGCUUACGGCCUCAGAUCCUGGUGUUUCCUAACAUAUUGAGAGGUGGUGAGGGGAUGUUAGAGCGUGAGUCCGACCAUCGGAAUCAAACGAGGGACCAUAUUGGCUUAGAUAAGUGCUCCAGUUCUGCCUCCGACCUAAGUGGAGGCACCAAUAACAAUACGCUUAGUGCCGGCGACGUGCAACAGCAGAACCAUAUGGCCCAGAGUUGGGGUCUGCAUCCCCGGGUAACAUUAUCCACAGUUGCGGCUGAUAUAGAAGAAGGUGAACUUUGCCAUCGACACCGUUUGAUAACCAAUCCUCCAGACUGGCCCCAUUUAUCGGAUAAAUCCAGCCCACUAACUAUGAUAGAAUCAAACUGGGGCUGUACACCCGGGAUGCUUCCCGACGGACCUGUGUUCGACCUGGCGAGGAGGUUCGGCGAGCUGGGACUCGGUGCGGUACCCAAGAUAUUAUUCAAGGAAGUGGAAAUGCCCCAGUGCUCGUGUCAGGGUGCACAUGGGUCGGCUCCAGCGGGGAUGGGGCAUCGGGAUGAUCCAACGGAGACUAGCGAUGCUUUGUUGGUGCUGGAGGGGCUAGAUUCUGGGGACGUGACUGGUCUGGGCAUUACUGACUGCCCGGAGGACGAUUCGGAUGAAAGUCGAGCACGCAGAAUUCAAAAGAUGUCCGGCGCGUUUUCACUAAGCAGCUUUCAAGUAGAAUUGACUAAACAGGUGGAAGGGAUGUCUGGAGAGUCAUGCCUGUCGGCGUACCCCGACGCACCGGCAUGUGGCUUGCACAGGAACUUACCCAACCCAGUACAAGCGACCGCUGGAGACACAGAACAGAACCCAGAGGGAUCGAUUCUACCUGGAUUUUCCGAGAAUGAGGUUAGCCCAGAACAACCAGUCAGUCCAAACCUCAGCCAGACAUCGACACCCCGGAGGCGGGCUGACAGGUGCGCUAGUGCGCCUCGGACUCCAACUGUUCGGGGAAGCGCGGUAGAGAAAACACUGAAAGUUCCAGGGAAGAGCAGAAAGGGCUCACUCAAAAUACGUCUGAGCAAACUUUUUAGAACUAAAAGCUGUAGUGGCUCCAAUAGCCUUCUGGAUAAGAGGCCAUCGGUGGCUUAUUCAAUAUCAUCCGCUGGGAGUCUGAUGGAUAUGGCCAGUGGUGGUGAGCAGGAUGUGGACAGCCAACCACGAAUGACCAGGGCCCAAAGUGCCUUUUCUCCUGCUUCCUUUGCUCCUUUCACAGGUGAGACUGUUUCCUUGGUGGAUGUGGAUAUUUCGCGGAGAGGCCUGAACACUCGGCACCCUCCCACACCGCCACCUCCGCCACGCAGAAGUCUCAGUCUCCUAGAUGACAUAGGUGGGCCGCAGCCUGGUCCCUUCCUAGUGAGUGUUAUGGGGGCCUCCCUGCAGUCCCUCCCCCUGCCUCUUCCUCCUCCACAUCCUUCCCACACCACCAUCCAGCAUAGUAUCAGCCUCAAUGAUGCAUUCUUACGGGCCCUGCCUCACUCCACCUCCUCACAGCUCAUCUCAGUCCCGCCCCCUUCCCGUUUGGCCCCGCCCCCAAUCCUCUGUCCCCUGAGGCGGCCUGAGGCUAGUAACUUUACAGCCAGCCUUAGGGAGUUGGAGAAGUGUGGCUGGUACUGGGGCCCAAUGAACUGGGAGGACGCUGAGAUGAAGCUGAAGGGGAAGCCUGACGGGUCGUUCCUGGUGAGGGACAGCUCCGACCCCCGCUACAUCCUCAGCCUCAGCUUCCGCUCCCAGGGAGUCACACACCACACACGCAUGGAGCACUACAGAGGGACAUUCAGCCUGUGGUGUCACCCCAAGUUUGAGGACCGCUGUCAUUCUGUGGUGGAGUUCAUCGAGCGGGCCAUUAUGCACUCUAAGAACGGCAAAUUCCUCUACUUCCUGCGAUCGCGUGUGCCAGGGCUACCCCCGACCCCGGUGCAGCUGCUCUAUCCGGUGUCCCGGUUCAGCAACGUCAAGUCCCUGCAGCACCUAUGCCGCUUCUGCAUCAGACAGAUGGUCCGCAUCGAUCACAUCCAGGAGCUGCCCCUGCCCAAACCACUGAUCAUGUACCUGAGGAAAUUUUACUACUAUGACGCGGAGGAAGAGAUGUACCUGUCAAUCAAGAGCAUCCGACCAGGGGCCGGAGUAGAGCAAGAGGCAGAGUCUCAGACGUAACUGGUGGAGGUCUCUACUGGUCAGUCAGUCUUCCAGCAUAAGUCCGUUGAGUCCUCUGCACACCCUGUAUCCAAUCAGCUGCAGUUCAUAGAGACCCAUAGAGAUGAACUGUCCCUCUCUUGACUUUGAAAAUGAGAAGAAAGAGUAGUGGAAUGUGGGAAACGGAGUGAACACUAAGGGCAGGGACAAAAAAGGACACGGCCUCAUUGAGAAUGGACAGAGGAAGACUGUUCUAACCUACAACAAAGUGGACAAAAUAACAGACUUGUACCUAGAUUUGGAACCAAUUCCUGGACAAAUAUUGGCUGUACUUGUUAAUUGAAGUUAAAGCACUGGUCCAUUUGUACAACUCUCGUUGGGUAUUAUCAUUAUUUCCUUCCCUCCUGUCACAGUGAGGGUUGUUGUGGAUUCUAAUUGGCCCCCAGGAGGUCAUAGUUGAUCUUUAUUUGUUUGUUUUAAUUGUCAAAAAUUCCCUGAUUGUAUCUUGCUCAUCAUUCCUGUUCCUCGGUAUUCCAAGCUGGCCACAGGAUCAGCCUUUUCAGUAAAAGAGAAAUAAAAUAUGUCCCUCUUUUGCGUAA